AUGGCAGUCGCCGAACAACCCCAGCCUGUACAAGUUGAUGUUACAAAGCUUACGCCGCUUUCGCCUGAAGUCAUUUCAAAGCAGGCCACCAUUAACAUUGGUACGAUUGGCCACGUAGCACACGGUAAAUCAACAGUCGUCAAGGCCAUUUCCGGUGUGCAGACUGUGCGUUUCAAGAACGAAAUGGAACGUAAUAUUACAAUCAAGCUCGGUUACGCCAAUGCAAAGAUCUACAAGUGCGACAAUCCCGAGUGUCCUCGACCUGGUUGCUAUCGAUCAUACGGCUCUUCAAAGGAGGAUGAUCCCCCAUGCGAACGACCUGGUUGUGGUGGUACAUAUCGUCUUGUGCGUCACGUGUCCUUUGUCGAUUGUCCUGGUCACGACAUUUUGAUGACUACCAUGUUAUCAGGUGCUGCAGUCAUGGAUGCUGCACUUUUGUUGAUUGCCGGCAACGAAUCUUGUCCUCAACCACAGACUUCAGAACAUUUGGCAGCCAUUGAAAUCAUGAAGCUCAAACACGUCAUCAUCCUGCAAAACAAGGUCGAUCUUGUCAAGGAAAAGGCCGCUCAAGAACAACAUGCUGAUAUUCUCGCUUUCGUCAAGGGUACUGUGGCUGAUGGUGCUCCCGUGAUCCCAAUUUCUGCACAACUCAAAUACAACAUUGACGCCAUCAACGAAUACAUCACCAAAAAGAUCCCUGUUCCAGUGCGUGAUUUCGAAUCCAGCCCUCGUCUUAUUGUGAUUCGUUCAUUUGAUAUCAACAAGCCCGGUGCUGAUAUCUCUCAGCUUCAAGGUGGUGUUGCUGGUGGUUCCAUUCUCAAAGGCGUUCUCAAGGUUGGCGAUGAAAUUGAAGUCCGUCCUGGUGUCAUUGUCAAGGAUCAAGAAGGCAAGAUUCGUGCACGUCCUAUCCUCAGCAAGAUUUUAACACUUGCUGCUGAAACCAACAAGCUUGAAUUUGCUGUUCCUGGUGGUUUGAUUGGUGUUGGUACACAAAUGGAUCCUACUCUUUGCCGUGGUGAUCGUCUUGUUGGUCAAGUGCUUGGUUACCCUGGUACUCUCCCAUCCAUCUACACUGAAUUGGAAAUCUCAUACUUUUUGUUGCGUCGAUUGCUUGGUGUCAAGACCGAUGACAAGAAACAAGCCAAGGUUGCCAAGUUAUCCAAGGGUGAAUUGCUACUUGUCAAUAUUGGUUCAGUAUCUACUGGUGGACGUGUGGUUGGUGUCAAGGCUGAUUUGGCCAAGAUUGUGCUUACGGGUCCUACUUGUACCGAGGUUGGAGAUAAGGUUGCUUUGUCUAGAAAGAUUGAAAAGCAUUGGCGUCUUAUCGGUUGGGGCAAGAUCAAGCGUGGUACCGUGUUGGAAGCAGAAGCAAAUUAA